AGUCAGGUAACCACCGGACAGACCGACUAUAUUCCUCCUCGCAAAAAAGAAGCGCAGGAGAGCGCCGAAAGGCAGGACUGUUUCACUUUUUGAAGCGAUGCUGCGACUUUCUGUUUGAUGCGGACUUUAUAGUGCUUUCAACAACAACAAAAAAAAAAGUUUCAUACAGUUUACGACGCGUUGUCCAGCCUUCAUGUGACGACUGUCAAAUUUUGGGGCCAGCUUAGCGCGGAGGCUACUCAGGUGUUCAGCUACGCUACCCGGGGAAGUUUGCGUCGCAUUUUUACUCUUCUUGCUGCAAAAUUUAUUGAGCCGGAAGGAGGGUUGCUCUUUUUUUUUUUUUCGCUCGCAAUUUUUGACUUUUGUACUUGGUUUCAUUCAGCUUACCUAGUGUGUUGGAUUUAUAAUAUCAAGAGGGCAAGUCUGAGCUCGCGCUCUCCUGGAGCCCUGAUGAGACACAAGCCGCCACUCCCCACGGAGAGUUAUACUGUGCCAGGAUGGAUGAGGCUGAGAAAUACAAACAACGUAUUGAAGCCAUUGCUGAGAAGCGUCGUUUGCAGGAAGAGCAGGACAGAGCCAGGAGAGAGGAGGAGGAUGAGAAGCUCAGACUCCAACAGUUCAAGAGGAAGUCACUGAGAGACAAGUGGCUGAUGGAAGGAGCUCCUUUGUCCCCAACCUUUCUGGACACUCAGACCCCUCGCUCCCCUCCGUGGGUCACCCAGGCCCAGAAUAUGGAAAAACACAUUGAAAAGUCACAGUCAGAGAAUCGGCAGCUGGCAGAGGAGCAAGAGAAGCUGGUGAAACAGACAGAGGAUGGCCAAACGGAAGCUUUUAAAGUGUCACAGGCUGGUGAAGAAGUGGUCAGUGAUGUUGCACGGAAUGGAGAAAACAAUUCAACUGGAUCAGAUACAACUGAAGAUGAUGUGGCGGUAAACCAAGGGGCACCACUGGAUGAAAGUGAAGUCGUCGUAACCAAUGGUGGGGAAAACACUGAUUACAGUGCUUCAGAUCAAAAUAAUCAGUCACUCGCUAAUGGGCCAACCGGUGAUGGUGUUAUUAGUAUGGAGAUGGAAACAAAUUUGGGCGUUUCUAAGGCUGAUCCUGUCAAGGUUCCAAAUACCAAUGUUAAGAAGGAGGAGGAAGAAGAAGAAGGGACUCUGGUGAUGAGAGCAGAAUGUAUCUUCAUCACAGAUGAUGGGGAUGAUGUCCCUGGAGAGGUUGUAUCCCAGGCAGAUCAACAGGAGCCUACACAGUCAGAUAAAGUCCUUCUGCCAAAUCCAGAAGCAGCCAAAGAGGGAGGGGAGGCUGUGGAGGAGAAAGUACAAACAGAAACUUUUACAGAGUCAGAGAAGAGCGAGGCAUUUGGAAAUAUAGAUGGUAGCAUACAGGAAAAUCCAGGUGAAGGUGGAAAGGUCAAAGCUGAGGACCAGGACAAAGAAUUGGAAGAGCCAACCUGUGUGCAGUCCCCAACCAAUCCUCUAGAGAGCACUGUGGUAACUUUGGUGCCUGUCUAUACAGAGGCGCAACCUUCUAAUCUCAGUCCUGAGCUUGAGGCUCAGGCUGAAGAUUCAGCAGUAGCACCAGAGGAGCCUGAGUUAGUAUCAAAACCCCAAGAGGCUACCUGUCUGCCUGUUCAGUUCCAGGACGUGCCCCUGACUGAUGCCCAAGAGAACCAAAGAACAGAGGAUGGGCCUGGGGAACAGGAACCCCUUCUGUUGAACACCAAAGCCCCCAGCACCAUGGUAGAGCCAGCAGGCACUGACAGCCCAGCCAGCGUAGAGGCACAGAGCCCAACCAGAGCUAGCCAGGGAGAGGUGAUUGAAUCACCCAAACCCAAAACCUGCCUCUGCUGCUCUGUCAUGUAAAUGCUCUCUGUACAUGCAUUUCCUCUCAACAUCUUCACUCUGCCAGUAUCUUUCAGCCUGUCACUCGGCUGUUCAGUUCAUAACAAUUACUUCCCUCAUCUCUCUGUUAUAUGCAUCCAUCUGUUUUUGAAUCAGAAUGCCAGAAAGCUGCUUCCCUUUCCUCUACUAUCCUCUGCCAAGAUUCCUUGUAUUCAUCUUAAAAUUUCCUCAUCCCCCAUCUCAAGCUUUGAUGCUGCAACAGGAAGUGUGCUCACUCCGACAUGAGGAGGGGAAUCUUAUGGACUGAACUAGUUUUAAAGUGUCUUGUGGAACUACACUUUUAAAUUUCUCUCCACACUUUGUACAAACAAAUGAAAAACAAACACUUAAUGUUAUGGGCCACACUGUUUUGAGUUUGAUAUAAUUUUCUUGGUUAGCAGAUCAGACAUCCAAUCUACAUAAAAUUCAGAAAAAAAAAUGACCUAAUAUUUGUUUUGCAUCUUUGUUCAAUUUGGUAAUCUGAGUUUAGCUGGAAAAUUGCAAUGAUAUGGAAAGGUUCACAAAGUUCUGGAGAUAUUCUAUUUUAAUGACAUAAAGCUGAACUGUUAUUGUUUUAGGCCUUUUAUUCAAUAUGUUUUUAAUCCAACUACAAGAGCCUGAACAUUUUUAUUUCCUCUGUAGGAACAGGUUUAACAGUACACUGACUCUUGGUAUGAAAUUGUCAUUUAUAAACAGUGUGCUCCAUUGAUAGUUUAAAAAAUAUUACCUGAAAGUAUGAUGCAUAUAUAUAUAUAUAUAUUUUUUUUUUUAAUUCUUAACAGGGAAGCUCUGAAAUUCACCAAAUAACUGUUACAAAUGUAUAUACUGUAUACAAAAAGUGUGUAUAAUUUUUGAAACAAUUUAGUGA